GUCCCGGAUGCCGGGUAUAUAAGGCUGCGCGGAGCCGGUCAGAGUCACAGUUCUAUUAUAACACACUCAACAUGAGGAACAUCGUUGCACUUCUCCUUGUCGGCGUGGUCGCUACCGGCGCCCAGGAAUCGUCAGUCGCUCUCGAAGGACCCGGGAACUUCGUGUGUCCUCACGAGUUCGGUUUCUACGCCCACGAACUCUCCUGCGACAAGUACUACUCGUGCGAGGCCGGCGUCCCUACCCUGAAGGUCUGCGGCAACGGCUUGGCCUUCGACAACAGCGACCCCGAGAACCUGAAGGAGAACUGCGAUUACAGCCACAACGUCGAGUGUGGUCUUCGCACCCAGUUCGAACCCCCCAUCUCCACCCCCCACUGCCCCAACCUGUACGGCAUCUUCGCUGACCCUGACGACUGCUCCGUCUUCUGGUCUUGCUGGGACGGUGAGGCCUCCCGCUACGCCUGCUCCCCCGGCCUGGCCUACGACAGGAAGUCCCGCGUCUGCAACUGGAUGGACAACAUUCCCGAGUGCAAGCAGCAGAGAGACGCCAUGCAGCAGGACUUCGUGUGCCCCGCCCCAGGAGAGCUCACAGCCACCGGAUCCUUCAGCCGCCACGCCCACCCCGAAGACUGCCGCCAAUACUUCAUCUGCAUCGACGGCGUUGUUCGCGAGUACGGCUGCCCCAUCGGCACUGUGUUCCAGAUCGGAGACGCUGACGGCCUCGGCAAGUGCGAGGACCCCGAGUUCGUUCCCGGAUGCGAGGACUACUAUGGUGAUCUCGACCUGGCCGCUAUUCGGGGAAGCCAACUGCUCCUUGGGAACCUCGGCCUUCAGAAUUCCGGCAAUGCAGCCCGGUCCCGUCGCCCUUCAGCAGCAGCAGGAGGAGCAGCAGGAGCGGAAACCCCUGCUGAUACCCAAGCUUAGAGUCGUUGAGGACUAUUACGGUGACCUCGAUUUGAAAACUCUGCGUGGUCUCGGAUUGUAAAAUAGGACCUAGCUUGUAAAAUUUCGCAACCUUUUUAGACAAACAAACAAAAAAAAUCAACUUAGAGAUUUUUUUUUUACAUAUAUAUAUACACAACCAAAAGUUUCUCGAAGUUGAGCUUCAUGUCUCUCCCUCCCUCCCCCCCUCCCUCUCCCCCCCCCCAUGACUAUAUCGUCUCCCCUUCCCUUCCCCUCUCCCCUCCCCUCCCCAACGUUUUGUAGGAUAAGCUAAUCGUUCAUCAAAUCUCUCAUCUUUUCAUACUCGUCCUGAGGUCUUUCUUAAAAUUAGAUUCGGUGUACAACGCGGGGAAAAUAAAACCUUUUUCGCGAGGGUUUCCACACCAUGUGCACGUUUAGGAAAACCUCAGUACAAACAGCAUCAUUCAUUUAGCUUCCCUACUUUUUCCCCGUCUAAAUAACAACACCUGGGCCCCCGCGCUAGUCAGGAAUAAUAACACGCUGUUUGUUUUUUUGUCAAAAUCAGCUGAUAGAAGAAAAUAAUAAAUAGAAAGAAUAGCCAAAAUAAAUCAAUUGAUAGAGAAUAACUGAAAAAAAAACGAAUGAAUAGACAAAAACAACUCGAAAUGAACAGAAAAGAUUCGGUCACUUAAAAAAAAAAAAACCCAGGAAUCUAUACCAGAAAUUCAUUCAGUAUUAACUUCAAGGAAGCAGUAAGUUCAGUGAAUUUCCGUUUUCCUUCUCGAAUAUCCAAGGGCCAACUCCCUCAACACGUCCCUGGCAGCGUGCCACUGUUGUAUAUUGUUAAGUUGAACAAUAGUUUUAGGUAUUUUGUAAAUAAAGAUACCCACUGAAA